AGUCGGAUACCGGAAGUGUUCCUACGUAUCAUGUGAUUUGCCCCUGCUGCUGGCUCUGCCUGAGUAGCUAUGUCAAAAUAAUAUUUUUUUGCCCGGACGGUUUUAGAAGAAGCUCGCGUUGUAUCCACAGGGAGACUUUACAAGAUGCAGAACGUGAUAAACACGGUGAAAGGCACGGCGCUCGGAGUGGCCGAGUUUCUCACCCCAGUGUUGAAGGAAUCGAAGUUCAAAGAGACUGGAGUCAUCACACCAGAGGAGUUUGUAGCAGCUGGAGAUCACUUGGUUCACCAUUGCCCCACAUGGAAAUGGGCCACUGGAGAAGAGGUCAAGGUGAAACCAUAUCUGCCCCAGGAUAAACAGUUUCUCCUGACACGUAAUGUUCCCUGUUACAAGCGUUGUAAACAGAUGGAGUAUUCAGACGAGCUGGAAGCCAUCAUAGAGGAGGAUGAUGGAGAUGGGGGCUGGGUGGACACUUACCACAACUCAGCAGGUGUGUUAGGAGUCACAGACGCUGUGCGAGAAAUUUCACUGGACAAUAAUAAGGACAAGAAUAUGAAUGCCACAUCUGCAGCAUGCUGUGAUGAUAACGAUGACGAUGAAGAUGAUGAUGAAGAUGGAGAAGCAGCAGAUAUGGAAGAAUAUGAGGAGAGCGGCCUGCUGGAAACAGACGAGGCGACUCUGGACACCAGUAAAAUGGUAGAAACUAAAGCCAAAGCAGAGCCUGGGAGUGAAGACGCCAUCCUCCAGACUAGAACAUAUGACCUGUACAUCACGUAUGACAAAUACUACCAGACCCCUCGACUCUGGCUGUUUGGAUAUGAUGAAGACAGGCAACCACUGACUGUAGAACAGAUGUAUGAGGACAUCAGCCAGGACCACGUGAAGAAGACGGUCACCAUCGAGAACCACCCCCACCUCCCCCCACCUGCCAUGUGCUCCGUCCACCCCUGCAGACACGCUGAAGUGAUGAAAAAGAUCAUCGAGACUGUGGCCGAGGGGGGAGGAGAGCUGGGCGUGCAUAUGUAUCUUCUGAUUUUCCUCAAGUUUGUUCAGGCUGUCAUUCCCACAAUAGAAUACGACUACACGAGACACUUCACCAUGUAGCUUCACCUGUGUACAGCUUCUGCUAAAAACAUACGUACGUGGGAAAGAUGGGAGAUUCUAUGUGGUCUGCUCUGAUUAUAGCUGGUUUGUGGAAUGUUUGUGUUACUCUGAGACACUUGCAGUGGGUGCAGGACAUGGGGAAUGUUCAAGGUAUGUGGCUAAACUGUUAAAGGAACAGUCCGACAUUUUGGGUGACAGGCUUGUUUUCCAUGAAACCCAGAGUCAAAUCAGGAGAUGGGAGAUCAGUUUGCAUCCAGCACAGAGAUGGAUUGAGUCCUGUUUUAAUGUUGUACCUUCUUAUUGAACCUAUAGAAAAAUAGAAAUGUAAAAACGACACACCUGGAUAUAUUUAUAAGUACUCUGCUUGCUAAUAACAGUUUGAGUUGAAUGUUUUAUCUCUGUGCUAGACACACAGAAAUGAAACUGACAUCUAUCUUCUCAUUGGACUCAGACAAGGCUGCGCUCCAAAUGCUGGACUGUACCUCUGAUUUUUCUCUACAGGUUUAAUGAUGUGACCACAAUGUGGUGAACUCUCAUAAAGUUCUUAAGAAGAUUCUAAAACUCACCCCAUUCCACACUGCUUCUCUGCUUCAGAUUCAGAAAAAUGACUUAACCCUGGUUGUGCAAAGUGUCCGUUCCUUGACUUUGUAGGAAUUAAAUGGUCUCUGGAAAACAGCCUGUUGUAGACAGUUCCAUGUGCACACAUUAAAACACAUUGUCAUCUUUAGUUCAUGCCCUGCCUUCAAUAUGUGGGACACAGAAAUGUGUUUUUAUGUCAGCAAACAGUUGCAAUUGUUAAGACAUCCAGUAAACACAGACCAACACAAGCAUCAAUUGUGAUGUGUCCAAAUGAUGAAUGUAAGUCCAUUACUCACUUUUAGCCCUGGCUUUGUCCACCAGCCUCCUGAGGGAAUAUCUGUCUCUUCAGCUGCUAAAUGCUCCACUGUGUUCACCAGCUGCUCUCUGACUGUGUCUGUCUGAGCAGGUUGUGGACAGUGGCUCUUUUUCCCCAGUGUGCUCAUGCACGGUCUUCACUCAUUGUUUCUUGUACAACUACAAAUAAUAUUCAGAAAAAAAUAUCUCAGCUCUGUGGAUUUAGACGGCUUUUGCUGACAAAUGUGUGUAUCUCGCUAACAUCACUUUCUAAAACAUCUCUGGACUAUUGUACCUGACAGCAGCAUUAACAAAAGCUUCUUGACUAUUAACAAUACUGUUCCCUUGCUUCACAGCAGUGAUUAUUAUUGCUUCCAUUCUGAUGCACUGUGCAGGAGUCAUGGCUGAACUAUCAGCUCUUCGUGCCAGUCUGUCUUAAAGCUUCAUUCUCUGAAUGUGUCGAUGGCUCGGCCCCUUUCAUGGUUCCUGUAGUUGGUUUAUGUGCUUUUUGUGUUUUAUUCAGUUUUGGACAGUUUUCUCUCCUCUACAGCUUGUGUCAAAGUUUUUUUUUUUUCAGUCUUGCUUGCAUAAGGUGUGACGUAUCACUACUUACUUUAUGUAAAAGUUGAGCUGUGACCUCAAUUUACUGUCACAAGCUUCUCCACAGAUAUCAAUAAAUCCCUCAAUGAAUUUCCAGGCUGUUUUGUUCAUAAUAUUGUGGAUUCUAAACAUUUGGCUUAUAUCAAUGUCAUGUUUCUGACUGCUUACUUAACUAAAUAAAAUAUGAGCUUCAGUGAUUCUUGCUUUACUUUCCUUGUUGUCUGUUGGUUGGAUAAAAUACUCUGUACUUCCUGUUGGUCCAGUGCCCUGAUGUAACGUGCUCAGUGGUAACACUUGAACAUUUUAAAGUAAUGCACAUUUAUCAAUAAAGAGUUUCAGAAUUCUA